UUUAUCAAGGAGCAGGUAAUACAGUUGGAAAAUGGGGUCUUUCUAUGCCAACUCGGUAACACCUACAAAAAGCACAAAAAUUCUCCUCGCUGGUGCCCAUUAAUCAUCAUUCUUAAUAAUUUUUUCGUAUUCAUUACUUCACCUCUUUCCACCAACAUCUUACUUUGUAAAAAUCGAUUUGAAAAAUUGUAUCUUUUGCUAUAUGAUACUAAUUGAAUCGUUCGAUAGUCUUUUUGCAGUUGUAAAUUUGUCAUUCUAUAAGCUCCAUCUCGGAUUUUGUGCGAUCUUUUUGAUAAUUUAAACAACCCCAAGACAUGGGCAACUCAAUAAUAGCUGCCUGCAAAAAUGGGGAUUCUUCAUUGGAGGAUCUAGACUCUUAUUUUCCUGUUAGACCAGAAUGCCGAGCUGAUGUUCCUAAUACUCGAUUCAGACCUAGGGCAGGAAGAACUCUCAGUGAAAGAAGAUGGAAGGCUGCAUUCUCUCAAGAGGGUUAUUUGGAUAUAGCAGGUGUUCUUAGACGAAUCCAACGAGGGGGGAUUCAUCCAUCAAUUAAAGGGGCUGUAUGGGAGUUCUUGCUGGGUUGUUUUGAUCCCAAUAGCACAUUUGAGGAAAGAAAUGAACUUAGACAACAACGGAGAGAGCAUUAUGCUGCAUGGAAAUCUGAAUGCCAAAAACUAGUACCUGUUAUUGGCAGUGGAAAAUUUACCACAAAUGCUAUAGUCACGGAUGAUGGCCAACCUAUAGAACUUGCAAACACUACCAGUAAUGGGCAGGAUACUAACAAUGGCAUGCCAGUCGAUAAUGGUGUUUAUGAGAAGAAAGUGGUCCAGUGGAAGCUUAACUUGUCCCAAAUUGGUCUGGAUGUUGUUCGUACGGAUCGUUCUCUUGUAUUUUAUGAGAAUCAAGCUAAUCAGGCAAAACUCUGGGAUGUGCUAGCUGUCUAUGCAUGGAUAGAUGAAGAUAUUGGUUAUGUUCAAGGAAUGACUGAUAUUUGCUCCCCAAUAAUUCUUCUUCUUGAGAACGAAGCAGAUGCAUUCUGGUGCUUUGAACGUGCAAUGCGUAGAUUGAGAGAAAAUUUCAAGUCCAGCGCAAAUUCUAUAGGAGUGCAAUCUCAGCUGAGAGCCCUUGCACAAAUUGUUAAAAUUGUCGAUCCAAAGCUUCAUCGACACCUCGAGGAGCUAGAUGGCGGAGAAUAUCUGUUCGCAUUACGCAUGUUGAUGGUACUUUUCAGGAGAGAGCUCUCAUUUGUCGAUGCACUCUAUCUCUGGGAGGUGAUGUGGGCCAUGGAGUACAACCCAAACAUAUAUUCAUUGUAUGAUAAGACUCUGGAACAACUUCCCGAUAAGUUAAAUGAUACGCAGCGAAAGCAAUAUGGGAAAUUUGAAAGGAGAAUAGUGAGAACUGGUGCAACGAAACAGCACGACGCACUUGCCGUUUUCCUAGUUGCAAGUGUUCUUGAAACGAAGAAAAAACAGCUUAUGAAAGAGGCGAAAGGCCUUGAUGAUGUUGUCCAGAUCUUGAGUGAGAUAACUGGGAAUUUGGAUGCAAAGAAAGCACUAAAUGAGGCUCUAAAGGUUCAUAAGAAGUACAUGAGCAAGGUGAAAACGACCUAGAUGGAGUUGCUAUUCAUCACUGCAGCAAGUACCCCUUUUGCUCAAUGUUUUGCUGUACUUUUUAUGCUCAUUCUUUAUUGUGGGAGUGAUUUCUCCCUUCUUGCAUUUGGUGUAUAAUUCGUUCUAUUUAUUAAUGAUUACAAAGAAAAGAACUUGUACAUAAUAGUCUUUGCUAUGAGAUGUACAUGAUGUGCUUUGGUUGUAAUAUUUGAAUCACAUUCCUCAAUCUGAAAAAUAUUGGAACAUCAUAGAUCA